GGUUGGCGGACUACGGAAGCACCUCCCGCUGAGCUCCAUGUAAACAAACACACACUGGGCAUGCGUCACUGGAGAAAUGGAGGACUGUCUUUGCUACCCGGACUGAUGAUGUCUGUAUUUCUACUCUACUACCUGUGAUCUGAGAAAAUAACAACUCGUUAACAUUUCAGUGUGAGUUUAGGUCAAAAUCCCAGGAUGACCACAGACAUGCCAGCCCAAAGCUUGGGCUCGAGGAUAAUGACUUUCACCCCCUCCAAAGAGGAGUUCAAGGACUUCAGCCGGUACAUUGCAUAUAUGGAGUCGCAAGGAGCACACAAAGCUGGAAUGGUGAAAGUUAUUCCACCUAAAGGCUGGAAACCUAGACGAACAUACGAUGAUAUCGAUGACCUAGUGAUUCCCGCUCCCAUUCAGCAGGUGGUGACCGGCCAGUCAGGACUGUUCACACAGUACAACAUCCAGAAGAAGCCCAUGACCGUCAACGAGUUCCGCAAGACCUCCAACAUGGACAAGUUCUGCAAUCCCCGAUAUGUGGAUUUUGAGGAGCUGGAGAGGAAGUUUUGGAAGAACCUGACCUUUAACCCACCACUUUAUGGUGCCGAUGUCAGUGGAUCGCUGUAUGAUCCAGAUGUAACCGAAUGGAACAUUGGCCGUCUCAACACCAUUCUGGACACUGUGGAGAAUGAGAGUGGGAUCAAGAUCAAGGGAGUGAACACACCAUACCUCUAUUUUGGGAUGUGGAAGAGUGCCUUUGCGUGGCACACAGAAGACAUGGAUCUGUACAGCAUCAACUACCUGCACUUUGGAGAGCCGAAGUCCUGGUAUGUUGUCCCACCAGAGCAUGGGAAAAGACUGGAACGACUUGCCAAGGGUUUUUUUCCAGGCAAUGCUCAGAGCUGUGAAGCCUUCCUGCGCCAUAAGAUGACUUUAAUUUCCCCGUCAAUCCUGAAAAAAUAUGGCAUACCAUUUGAGAAGGUCACUCAGGAGGCUGGCCAGUUCAUUGUGACGUUCCCAUUUGGCUAUCAUGCUGGUUUCAACCAUGGUUUCAACUGUGCUGAGUCGACCAACUUUGCCACCCAGCGAUGGAUUGAUUACGGCAAACAGGCAACGCUGUGUUCUUGCCGUCAGGACAUGGUGAAGAUCUCCAUGGAUGUGUUUGUACGCAGGUUUCAGCCUGACCGUUACAAGCUGUGGAAAGCAGGGAAAGACAACACUCCUAUCGACCACUCCAAACCCACACCAGAGGCUGCUGAGUUUUUAAAAGAAGACAAGACAGAAACUUCAAAAGAGAGUGCCACUGAAGCUGGAUCUGAGGACCCCACUACUCCUGUCCAGGAGGACAAAAGUCCAAAGCCUCAGGCUGGGACAAAGCGUCAGCUUGAAGCUAUUGAAGCCUCAGAGGACAUCAAACCUGAGCUGACACUGAAGGAGGAGGUGGAGCCACAGAGGGCCAAGCUGUCACGCAAGGAGUCUCCGACUAAAGUCCCUGCCAGGCCAGAUAAAGUCAAGCCCGAGCCUAAGAAGGGGAAAGACUCCAAGCCGCAGACUAAACCUCAGUCCAAAGCCAGCACUAAGAAAACUUCAAACAGACGAAGUCCAUCAAAAAAAGAGAAGAACGGAAUGUUGGAUGCAGACGUCUGUCCUCCUGAGCCUGUUGAGAGCCAGGUGGUGGCUCUGUGCUCUGAGGAGGCAGGCAGCAGUGAGGAGCCUCAGCUGGGCAGCAGCUGCAGUGCGCCACACAAGCUGUUUCAGAGGACGCUGAGCCCCGCAGACGUCCUGCACGUUCACAGCUAUGCCAAAGGAGACUACGGAGAUGGAGAAGCCCCGCCCAAGGAGGACAAAAAGAGUGAAGGCAGUGACAAUGAGACAGAGAAAGACAACAGCCAUGUUAGCAAAGCACAGGUGACAGAAGAGGAGGCUAGAGAUGGGGAGCCAGAGAGUGAUCUAGGGCAGCUGCCAGGCCACCAUCCACUCAUAAAGGACGGCAUGAGUGAUGAAGAGGCUCCACAGGAGGCCCCCCCAGUAGAAGAAGGUGGUCUGGAAGGGGAGAGCUGGGCUAAACCUCUGGCUCACCUGUGGCAGAGCAGACCUCCCAACCUGAAGAAAGAGAGGGAGUACAACCAGCGCAUGGGUUCCAAACCUCCAUAUUGCUCCAUCUGCAUGCUGUUCCGCACAUACCAGCAGACUGAAUGUGCAAACAGCGUCGACAGUCCUGUCAUGGUGGCUGGUGGGCGGAUGCGGACCAAACCUCUGAUCCCAGAGAUGUGUUUCACCACCACCACAGAGGAGGACUCUGAGUGUGAGGAGCAGCCUGUCACACCUCAUCUAGAGGAAGAUGGAACCAGCCUCCUCAUCAGCUGCUCUCAGUGCAGCGUCCGCUUUCACACCAGCUGUUACGGUGUGGAUCCAGCCAGUGUGAGCAAGGACUGGAAAUGUGCGCGCUGCAAGGCCAACGCCAUGACUGAGAAUUGCUGUUUGUGUUCGCUGAGGGGCGGAGCCUUGCAGAGAGCCAACAACAACAAGUGGGUACAUGUGCUGUGUGCAGUGGCUGUGCUGGAAGCACGCUUUGUCAACAUCACUGAAAGGAGUCCUGUGGAUUUAAGUGGAAUCCCUUUGCAGAGAUUUAAACUGAAAUGUUACUACUGUAAGAAGCGAAUGAAGAAGGCAUCUGGUUGCUGUGUGCAGUGCUCUCAUGGUCGCUGUCCCACUGCCUACCACCCUACCUGUGCCCAAGCUGCUGGAGUACUCAUGCAGCCGGAUGAAUGGCCCUUUGUGGUCCAUGUUACGUGCUGUCGUCACAAAGGCCCCGCUCAGAUUGAGCGCAAUAAAGCAGCCAUGCAUGAGCUGACUGUGGGACAGAAGGUGAUAUGCAAGCACAAGAAUGGUCGCUACUACCAGUGUGACGUGGUGCAGCUGUCUAAAGAAACGUUCUACGAAGUCAACUUUGAUGAUGGUUCCUUCAGUGACAAUCUCUUCCCCGAAGACAUCGUGACAAAGGGGGAAAGACUAAGAGAGGGGGUGGAUUCGACCACCCAGAUCCGGUUCAAGAUGGCAGUUCAGACCAUCUCAUUUCAGGAUCAAGAUGGCGGAAAAUCACUCUCCCCUGAACUACAAAAAAAUUGGAGACUCACUCUAAUGCUAACCUGCUGUGGAUCACAGAGCAGAGACUGUGCUCAGCUUGGACCCCCGCCGCAGGGUGAAGUGGUUCAGGUGCGAUGGACAGACGGCCUGGUGUAUGGGGCCAAAUUUGUGGCAGCUCAUGCCAUCCACAUGUACCUGGUGGAAUUUGAGGAUGGGUCGCAGCUAACUGCCAAAAGAGACGAUGUCUAUGCUUUGGAUGAGGAACUUCCAAAGAGAGUCAAAUCCAGACUGUCUAAAGCAUCAGACAUGAGAUUUGACGGGAUCUUUGAAGAGAAGGAGAUCAUCAAGGAGUCAAAGAGACAGAGAGUGAUCAACUCCCGUUACAGGGGGGACUACAUAGAGCCUGUGAUUUACAGAGCCAUCAUGGAGUAACCCUCACUGCUGUCUGCUCGCCCAUACACCACCAGCACUGACAGACUGAACUGUGCUCACUGUACCUUAAAUUAGCAGCUAGCCACUGAGAGAGUGGAGCUCCAGAUGACUUCCUUCAGGACCACUUUGGACUGUUAUCUAUUUUUUACUUCUCAUUCAUUCAUCUUUGUCAAGUCAGAGAUCGUUCUAUUUGCUUUGUUAGACUUUGAUCAAGGAAACAGCAGUAUUUUGUAUUAGAGUUUUACCACAGGACUCCACACCGUACAGUAGGCUGACGUCCAGCCCUCGCAGUACAUACCUGUAGGAAGCAAUAUAAAAAUGGCAUUUGUUCAAUAAAGUAGCAUUUUGACAGUAUAUAAAGAAGACCGGAGUUCAACUUUAAGCUACAGUAAUGUAAAAUGAAUUGUUUUUUAGUAAACAUUUCACUUUCUGCCACUUGAGUGUUUACCUAAGUUUAAACGAUAACAUUAGCGUCAUUUCAUUUCUUUCCUGAUGCCAUUAGUGCCUAUGAUACGGAACCUAACAGUUAGCUCAAAAGUUCAUCCUCAUAUUUAACUUUGUGAACGAUAACAUUGUGCCCUCAAAUGGCUGAGUUCAUUCUUUCAAACGAACAGCCUUCUUGCAAUUAUUCAUUUAGUUCUUGUCUUCUCAACAAAAUUUCAUUUUAUAAUUCUGUUGUGUUCCCAAAUGAUGCAUUUGUGGGAUAUUGUGUGCCGGAAUUAUCCUAAAUGUUUUGGGCUGCAACAAGCAAUUUUUUAAUAAUUAAUCUGCCACUAAUAUAUAACAGUUUGUCUAUACAGUGUCAGAAAUUUGCGAAAAAUGCUCAUCACAAUUUCCCUGAGCUCAAACUGACAUACUCAAGUUUUUCCCCCAGCAUCAAUAUUUAGUUUUUAUUCAGUUUAGAAUAAUAUUAAAAGAAGCACAAUCUAAUGUUAGCUCGCCAUGCUGAAUUGGCUACAUGGUUUCUUUUGCUCUUCCUCCUGGGCUUUGCGCAUCUACUUGCGACACAUGGACAUAGAUGAUUUAUGCAGUCAAAGAAAGACGUUUCCUAUUAAAUUACAUUUGAAAAUAAUCAAAUCAACAUGAGGCCUGUCUCAACAGAGUGAAAAACGUCCUGUAUCCAACCAGAAAGGUGCGGAAUGGGUCAGGUAGCAGAGUUUUAGGCUUCAUCAGCUCCAUUUACUUGCUGUAUGUAAUUGGCUUUACGAACCAUUUAAUGACACACAUCACUGAAAAAAGUGUUUUUGCUAACAUGAGUUAGAAAACCAUUGGCCUGGCUAGACUAUUUACAGGCUUAAAUCAGAAAUUAAAAUUGAACUGGUAAUAUCCUUUCAUUAAAGGAAUACUUCACCCAGACAGUUUGUAUCAGUUAGCUACUUGCCUCUAAUAGCCUGGAAUGAUGACAGAAUGUUUGAACUUAGGGUCCUUCAUGAAAAACAGACGUGGCAGCCAUUUCUUGCAGCGAUGAAGUUACAGAUAGAUUACAGCAAACACACACACAGACAAAAACACCUCAAGUACUGGCUAUAGCUUGACGUUUUGCUAUACUAGUGCAAGUACAGUUCCUGAGUUUCUGUACUUUUUUGAUACCGUAAUAAUUUUGAAGACUUGCAGAUUUGUGCCCUUUUUGGGUGAAACAAUAGAAGUUUAAAUUUUGUCUAAACACAAGUAGCUGCACAUGAACUUCACAUCACCUAAUAUUGGCAAAAUAUUCAGUUGUAAUCAGGAACUAUCUAAUCAUAGAGUUAGGUAAACAAGAUUACAAAUCUGACCAGCUUUUUGGUACCUUGCAUCUUUCACAGCUCAAUGCUACAGACACAUUUUGGUUACAGUCCGAAUAUUUGAGAGUUUAGAAAAUUCAGGGUUUUUUUAAACAAACAUUUCUGAUAAGGCCAGGGCAUUCAUUUGUGACCUUAUAAAAGUAGUUUGAUGGAAUAGUCUUGUCUCAAAGGUCCACUUACUAGCUUUUGUUGGGGCUUUCAACUGCAAUUUGAAGCUCUAUAAAGACGUGCAAGUGGUCUUUGAGUUGAGAUUAUUCUGCUGGACAUAAAUUUGAUAUUUUAAAAAAGUGUGACCAAGGCAUGUACUGAGCUGACAUUGACAUUUUACAGUGUAAAAAUAAAUUUAGGUUUGAUACAAUGUGCAAUUUCUUUCAUUUUUGGAUGUUUUUACUGAGCAAUUUUUCAUAUUGUUGUGAUGUUUGGAUCUCCGGACAACUUUAGUAUGUCAAGAAACUGCUUGCCAAGACCUAUUCCCUCUAAGCAUUCCAGACUACAUGGUUGUAAAAUAUGGAGACAAAAAUAAUAAGGAUGAAGUAUUUCUUUAAGUGGGAGCAAUGCCGUUUAAACCAUUGAUUACGCUUUCUCUUUAAGUGUAACUAUGAAUUGCAUUCCUUUACAUUUAAUGUAGAGCAAGUGAAUACACCUUUUACAUGUUGACUUGUUUUUACAAACCUAUUUUUUAAGGUGCUUUGAGAAAGUAACAUUGCAUUACACGUGAGUCUACAGUAAUACUGCAGAGGCUGAGGUUGAUGAUGGUAUGUUCUAUUUUUUUCUACAGGAUAUAGAUGCAUUUUAAAGAACCCAUUCAGAUUUUUUAUUGCGCUUUGUCUACCCAGUUUUUUUCCUCACUCUUCUACUGAAAGAUGUGCAUUGCACUUUUAUUUAAGUCCUGUUUGCAAGGACAUUUGAAUAGUGUGUGCUGCCAUUGCUAAUUUGUUUAAAUCUGUUUUAUAAUGUUAAUUGUACAUUUAUAAAAUGUUUUAUGGAUUGUGCGCCCUUCCCUCUUGGCCAAGCUCAUUGAUCACAUUGCACUUGCUACUGGGACAUGGUGGCCUUCAGAUGUCAUCAUUUGCCUGUGAACUUCUUGUUGUGGUGUGAGACUGCAGACAGAGGAACGCUACGCUAGUGUUCUAGUUAGUUGUUGCCAAUUGAAAUGCCCUUUCAUCAGUCCAGUGAAGAAUGAAUUCAUUUUAUUCAUGAAGUAUCAACAGAGUUGUACAUGGGGAGGGGGGGAUUUUCUAUUCUAUUUUAUUGCGUUGUUUUGUUAAACAUGUUCUAUGUGUAUUUUCACAAAAAUCUGUGAAAUGUAAAUGUCAUGUAGUCUAUUUUAAGAUGUUACCUGUUGACGCAGGAGAUGAGCUGUAUGUUCUUGUUGUCUCCUGAAAUUACUGAACUUCCAGAUUAUCACUCAAGCAUUUUGUAAAAUUUGUUUCAGUAAACACAUUUGCUUGAG